CUCCAUUUUGACCUUAUCAGAAACAAAGGAAACCGUGUUCAUAAUAAUGAAGUCCUAAAAGCUGGUAGUGGAACCCUGAUCCCAAGUCAGCAAUCUACGAACCAGGAGAAACCAAGUGAAUAUAUGCACUGCAUUAACUGUGAGGCUUUGCUUAAAAGAAAGUCAUUAUGGAGGCACAUGUCCAGGUGCAAGCUAGCACAAAAAUGCAAAACCACAAAGCCAGGGAAAAGUCGGAUACAAUCGCUCUGUGCCUAUGCACAGCCCGUCCCUGAUGAUGUCAACAGAAAGCUUUGGGAGCUGGUAAAUUCAAUGCACCAAGAUGAUAUUACAACCAUCAUUAGAGACCAGAAAAGUAUUUUGAGACUUGGCGAACAUUUAUAUGCUAAGCACGGACAUGAUAAGACGAAACACGACUACAUUAGACAAAAAAUGCGAGAAAUGGGAAGACUAAUUUGGCACGCGCGUAAAGCGGGAAAACUCAGACAAAUGGAGGACUUCUACGUACCUUCAAACUUCAACUCUGUGGUCAAAGCAGUGAAUGAUGCAGCUGGCUUUGAUGAAGAAAAAAACAUAUACAAAAUCCCAUCCCUGGCUCUGAAGCUUGGUCACAGUCUAAAGAAGAUUGCGGAUAUUCUUGAAUGUGAAGCAAAGAUGUCAGAGGGUGACAAUGAGGUGUUGCUUAAGAAUUUGGAGCGAAGCAGGGGGCUGUAUGAAAAAAAGUGGGAUGUUUGCGUCUCUUCACGUGCCUUACAAACUCUCAAAGAGGGGAAAUGGAACACUCCUCAGCUCCUACCAUUCACGGAAGAUGUCAAGAUCAUGCACAUAUAUCUUGACAAGUGCAGACAAGAAUAUCUCAGCAGACUCAAAGAUGAUCCAAAUAAGAAGAACUGGUCAAAGCUGGCCAAUUUGACUCUUUGUGAAGUGAUUCUGUUCAAUCGCAGAAGAGAGGGUGAGGUUUCAAAGAUGCCACUUAGUGCAUUCACCCUAAGAGACACGUCAGAAGUCCAUUCAGAUUUGGCGCUAGGACUGACAGAGUUGGAGCAAAAGCUUUGCCAGCAUUUUCAGCGCAUUGAAAUAAGAGGGAAAAGAAACAGGAAAGUUCCCAUCCUACUAACACCAGACAUGCUCUCCUCAAUGGAAACCUUGGUUGCACAUCGGCGGGCCUGCGGUGUACCUGAUGAAAAUCCCUUUUUCUUCGCCAGACCUGAAGUUGAGACUCACCUAAGGGGAUCAGACGCCAUCAGACAGAUUGCAAAAGAAUGUGGGGCCAAGCACCCUGAAACCCUGUCCUCAACCAAGUUGAGAAAACAUGUUUCCACGCUGUCCACAGUUCUAAAUCUGAAAGACAAUGAAAUGGACAUACUGGCAAAUUUUCUUGGCCACGACAUUCGGGUCCAUAGGCAGUACUACAGGCUUCCUGAAGGAACACUGCAGUUGGCCAAAGUCAGCAAAGUGCUCAUGGCUCUCGAACAGGGCCGACUAUCCGACUUCAAAGGAAUGAGCCUGGACCAAAUGCAAAUAGAUCCUAAUGAGGAAGUACUGGAAGCUAUAAACAGUGACGUCUCAGAGACUGAGAAGGACUCAUCUUUCCGCUCUGCGUCUCCAUCAGGUGGAUUAUGCAUUUAA